CGUUCGCGUUUUCCCGCCUUUCACUCUCGCCACUCGCUGCUCACUCACUGUGCGUAACGCCGUCGUCUUUAUUUCCCUCCCCGAGCUCUCUUUUAUUUAUUUUCGGUCCAUCCCGCACGCAGCAGAGUAGUAGUCGUCGUUUCAUCAGCGAUACGUAACGUACGAAACGCGCGAGUCGGACGGUUAAUUUCGUUUUCUUUUUCGCGCGCGCGCGCGCUCGCGAGUGCGUCUCUCUCUCUCUCUCUCUCUCUCUUCGUUUGGUGGUGCAUGUGCUGCGAUGUUGUAAUAUGUGUGACACAGCUGAGCCCGCGACGACGGGAGCGACUCGAGCUCGCGGCCGGCCCUUUUACGCAUAAGUAAGGCCACACGAGAGCGAGAGCAGCUAUCCACAAUCGGCAAUUAUUAUGCGAGUUUCGCUGCUACUGCUCGGGGGCAUCGUCGUGCUCUCGGUCACGGUCGCCCGAGCUCUGUCCUGCGUCUGCUCGCCCCUCGAGUGCGAUCCCAUCACGCUCGCCGACUGUCCCGACGGUCUCACCUGGGACCCUUGCAAAUGUUGCAAAGUAUGCGCCCGAGUGGAAGGUGAGCCGUGCGGCGGCCUCUUCGGCUUCUCCGGCAAAUGUGCCGCAGGUUUACAAUGCCUCAUUAAGAACUUGGUGCCUCAUCCACGCGAGUCGACCGUCGACGAGGGUGUCUGCACAAAAAUACCAGGCAGAAUGAGGCGGCACUGCGCCGGCGGACCGAUACUGUCGGAGGCCGGCUGCAACUUGGUCGGCGAGGGCUCCUCGACGUCCGAGCUGGACGGUUCGCAGGACGCCGGCAAAUGCGUCUGCGGACAUCCAGUCCUGUGGUGUCCCGAGGACCCGCAGCCCUACAUGUUCAAAACCAAGCACGAGUGCGAGCUCAACUUGGCUGCCAAGAUGGCCUAUGAUGGACUGUACGAGACCGCAGAAACUUCGGCAGAUAACGAUCGAAAAUCAGCGAGGAGGAGCAGUGGCGACGAGCGUCGUCGAACGAAACGAUCAAUAAAAACACUCGGCACUAUAUAUCACGCAGCCUGGAAGGCGCAGCAGCAGCGCGGCAGCAAGUGUCGAAAAAGCAAUAGCUGCUCGUAAAGCACACGCGCGAGCGCUCGCGAAUCCUCGCGCCAAAGUGUCACGUGCAGCAGCAGUAGCAGCUUCUUCGCGGCUCUCUAUCGUAUUUCUUCCUCGAUUUCUCCUAUCUCUCUCUCUCUCUCUCUCGCUAAUACGCAUAGGCCAUCUUGCGCGCGUCAUCUCUCGAUGUUUGUACAUAUUGUAUGCCAGUCGAUGGAUCACGGGUACAUCUGAGUGUGUCUGUGUCUUCGAUUCCCCCAUGUAUACAAGCUCUAACGCGCUGACCAUGUAUACGUGUAAAUGUGUAUUAUACUAAAUGUAUUAAGUGCUCCGGUCUAUUAUACGUGUGUAUUUAUCUUCGAUAUACAUCGCAUUGGGUGUAUACGGCUACGGCGACGACGACGAGGCGAAGGAAUAUCAUAUAUUUAUACGACAGUGCGAAAUUAUGUGAGUGUGUGUGACUACGAAGACGACGACGACGACGACGACGGGGAAUAAUACACAUCAUCGUCUCAGUCGCAGUCAUCGCGCGCGUCGACGAAGCUUCGGUAGUCAAGACGGCAGAGAACUCGACGCAUUAAGAACUUACGUAAUCCAUUCAUUCCCUUACUCGUUUGUUAUUACUUACACGCUCGUUUAAUAUAAAUCAGAAAUACGCGACCGAUUGCGUGCAUAAAGACCGUUGUUGCUUUGUAGUGCUUCUUGUGGUGCUCCUGUGCUCAUAUGCGUUUGAAGUU